ACACCUUUUUAUUAUUAUUAUUAUUAUUAUUUUAUUCUUGUCUCUGUCCCUUCUGUAGAUGCAGAGCACGGUUAUGCGUCUGUUUUACCGUACAGUAGCGACUUUUCCCGAAAGAAAACGAAAGCCACGCCAAUAACCAGAAAAGCUCAGAACAAUAGAUCGUCGCACAAUGAGCUGGAGAAACACAGACGUGCGAAACUACGGCUGUACUUGGAGCAGUUGAAGAAGCUGGUGCCUUUAGGUCCAGACAGCACGAGACACACCACACUGAGCUUGCUGAAAAGGGCCAAGAUGCACAUCAAGAAGCUGGAGGAGCAGGACAGGAAGGCUUUAAACGUGAAGGAGCAGCUGCAGAGAGAGCACCGCUACCUCAAACGCCGCCUUGAGCAGCUUUCUGUGUCCGGAUCCGUUGAACGCAUCCGCACUGACAGCAUGGGCUCCACCAUCUCCACCGACUCAGAGCAAGAGGUGGACAUCGAGGGCAUGGAGUUCACCCCUGUCGAGGCAGACAGCGUGGACAGUAUCAGCGAUGGCGAGGAGGAGGAGGAGGAGGAGGAGGACCACUACAGCCUCCAGAGCAGCUCCAGUGACACCAGCUACACAGCCACACAUUCCCACAGACUGCAGCCGCACCACUGUUAAAGACACCGAGCGGCCAUCCAUCGCCCAGCCAGCUUCCCCCCCAUGACCAUUUGCAAUCGCCAACGCCGCCCACUACCUACAUCAGACCAGUCCGCGACGGCGGUACAACCCCACCCACCCCCUGAAUUCGUUCCUCCUUUCCUGGCCCCGGCUCUCCAGGAAGCACAUGGGGCUUAAAUGCCACUCGAAAGCCUUCCUGACCCCACCUGACCACUGACCCUACCUCACCCUACUGUAUCCUGCCUGAACCUCCCCCUCCUGACACGCCCUGCCCUCCCGCUGCCCUCACAAACCCCCCCCCACCCGACCUUAGUGUCGCCGCAGGCUCAGAGAAAGCAGAGCAGAAUUUGUGGUUUUUAAUGGGGACUUCUGUGGUGUGGUGGACAGCUUUGACUUGUUAAUCAGGAUUUUAAGCAUGUGCGUGUGUGUGUGUGUGUGCGUGUGUGUGUGCAUGAGAGAGGUCAAAAACAAAAUAUACGCUUCGUGUCAUCUCUAUGAGGCAAUAAUACACAGACGAGGCUUUGCACUAAGUUUGUGAUGUAAAGGGGAAAGCACCUCCGCUUGUUCUGCAACAAACAGUUAUUUACAUCAUACAGUAUCUUUCCUUUACGCAAUCGGAUUUACAGGAGCAGCUGUUGCAGACGUUUGACCAGAAACGCUCUGACAUUUGGGGAAAUAUAUUUAUUGGCCUUCGUGGCCAGAGUUAGCUGAGAAGUUUGAUAAUCGCUGACGAUGCCAGUUAGCCUAGGGUUAAGAAUAAAAACUGGAAACGGGGUUGAAACAGCUGGCUGGUUUUGGCUGCGUCUGCACCAGGAUGUAAAAAAAAAAGCUCACUAAUUAACGUGUUAUAUCUCUUGUUUGAUCUGGAGUCGCCGCUGGGCACAUGAAUCCUCGUUAAGCGGUAACUUUAUAUAGAUUUCUAAUGGAUUAAACAAACGAGAUAUCACUUAAUUGGUGACUCGGUAACUUUUUGGACGGAGCCAGCCGAGCUGUUGUUAAAAGACACAAAGAGUGGUGUCAAACUUCUCGUCUAACUUCCCCAAAACGCAACAUUUUUUAAUUUUCCCCACUUUUCUCAAGGUGCAAGCAGUGCUUCUGCAACCUCGCCUGAAAAUAAGACUUGUCCGGUAGCUACCUCUUGCACGUCUUCACGACCAAAAAACGUGGCCAAAUUAUUAUUUUUUUUUGGGCCCUUGAAGACAAACUGAUAAAGUCACAGAGCUGUAGUAGAGAAGAAAGAAUGUAUAUAGAUGUACAGUUACUGUCCCCAAACCCCUCGCGUCUCCCUCUGGUUGGGUUGCCUAACCACUACUCCACACUACUGACCACUACACUAUACCACCCUAUGGUGUGGAUGGACUACUAGGUCAAAUGAAUAAAUGAAAAAAGAAAGAAAGAAAGAAAGAAGGAGUUGCCUCAGAACUAAAAACUCUAUUCCUUAAAGAAGAUUAAAAUCUUGUGUGUUUCCUCAGUAGCGAAUUGAUGUAGCAAUAAAUACGAGAGGCGUGCGCUUCCUCUGAGUGUUUAGAUGAUUCUUACGGACCAUGACGUGUCACAGGAGACUUUUUUUUUUAAACCUUUUUUACCCUUUAGAGCGGACCGAGCAGAAAAAAGGAGUCAGAUCUCCUUUUUUCUUUACUAAUGGAUCCAUCUCUUACCCCGAGAAUUCGCGUCUCUCUACAGCUUUGUUACUUUUUCAAGCGGUGUUCACGUGUGAAUGGAUGGUGUUUGUCUUUGUCUUGAUUAACAAGUCGACGCUGUAAAUGUGGAGAAAAAAAACGUUAAAAUUAUAAGAAAAGAAAAAAAAAAGAAGAAGAGCCAGCUCUAAUGAUUUGUUAUGCCUAGAGGCGCUCAUUUUUUUUUAGCUGAUUUAACAAACUAAUCACAUUCAGUCGAGCUUUUAAUUUGUAGACUAAUCACCUUAUUUCCUGUCUCUGCUAUCUGUUGCUUAUUCCUGGAGCUGGAGACCCAGCGUAGAUGAAAUUUCUUUCUCUGUAAGUUAUGCACAAUAGUCACUCAUUGACGGAGGAGGCGGCUUCAGUCGCUCUCUGACCAUUUUUUAAUAAUCAUUUUAAGGUAGGCCUCAGUCUCUGGCAGUCUUUAGAGCUUGGCGUCCCAACACUUUUAAGAAAAUUUAAGGGCCAGUCCACCAUGGCAGGUCUGACCCAAAAAAAAACAAAAAAACAAAAAACUACAAAACUACUCAAAAAACUUGCAUACAAAAGAAGCUACGUGUCACUCAAAGUGACGUUAGCCAGUGUAGUCUAUAUUUCUUGUAUUAAAUUUUGUAUUAUAUUUUCCUAAAUGUUCUCUUGUAAUGAAAAGACAAAAAAGAGCGAGUAUAUCUAUCUAUCUAUAAAUAUAUAUAUAUAUAUGACAGACAGACAGACAUGAGGCCAGGCUUGUUGAAGGGAGAGUGGGGGCAGGGGAGCUGAUACACUGGCCCCUCUCCCUUGGGUGACUCUCCUGCUGUCAUUCUGUGCCUUGGUGAGCCUUCAACCUCCCUCAUCCUUCCUCCUCCUCCUCCUCUUCGUCCUCCCACCUCCAUCCCUACUCAGGUCACACUUGUCGCCCCCCUUCCUCUCAAUCCCAUCCUCCCUCUCUCUUGUCGUCCUCCGGCGGGGGGCUGAAAGAUUUUUUUAUUUUUUAUUUUUAACCACGCCAAAACACUUCCACGAGCAAAGGGGGGGCCACUUGAAGAGAAUAAAAACCUCACCUUGAAUUAAAAAAAAAAAAAAAAAGCCCCUUUGGUCUCUACUGAGAAGCCGCCGCUGUUGCUGUCGUUGUCGUCGUUGUUACACCCUGUCCAGGCACUCCCCACCCUCUUGAUGCCCCCGGUUCGUCUGCCAGUGCCGCCGCCGCCACCGCCGCCGCCUCUGUCACAGAACGAUUGAGAAAGAAAACUAAACAAACCCACACACUGGUAAACUCCCAUGGCAGCUUCCAGUCAACCCCGAUAUAUGAUCACCAACGGAGGGUUCGAAACUUCUGGGCUUGAAGCGUGUUUUUUUGUUUUGUUUUUUUUUGUCAUUUUAUUGUAUGUUGACUAUGUGUUUGUUCAAUGGGAGUCACUGGGAGAGGAGCGAGCGAUAAAAAAAAAAAAAAAAAAAAAAAAAAAAAAGAAUAAUCCAAUCAAUGGCAGCUUAUGGUGUUAUCCUCCGCUCUCCCGGUGGUCCGUCCCAGAAAAAUAGUGUUACCCGUUGAUCAGGGGACCUCUUUGAGACACAGCAAUAUUACCAUCUUGUGCUUUCUGAGGGAGGGUGGGCGGGCAGGGUUUUUAAAGAAAAAAAAAAAAAAAAGACAAGCAAGUGGUUUUGCUUUUGACUCUGUGGUGCAUUUUUUUUUUUUUGGUGACCAACUCUAUAUUUUGUUUUGAUGAAUUUUACCUCCUAUCUGCACUCUCUCCAUACACUGCAGGAGGGCAAAACAAAAAUGAACUAGAGAUUGAAAGAAAAGCUGUUUCUUGUUUUUUUUUUUGAGAGUUUACAAUUCAUGUCAAAGGAUUUGUACAUGAUUGUUUGUAGCAAAAAAAACAACAACAACAACAACAAAAAUGUCCCUUUUUUUUUCCAAGUUUGUUGGUCAAAUGAACAACUCAGUAAACCAUGUUGAUGGCAUAAAGUUAUUUCUCUUGCACAGAACCUCCCAGUUAGUAGAGACGCGACAGAGUGAAUGAGGGCAUGAGUUUUGAGGGCCAGAUAUGAGAUUAUUAAUUUUUUCACUGGCGUCAUUGAAAAAUGAACAUAACACACACACACACAACACACACUCAGUCAGAGCGAGCGAGCGAGUUUGUGAGCAGUGGACGUGGACGUGGUAACAUUUUGUUUGAACGCUGGACGGAUAGUGUUGGAAAUUCUUUUAAUGAUGUGCCUUGGAAAAAAUUAUUAUUUUCAAACGAUUGUACCGAUUCAUUAAGAGUCGCUCUUAUUUUUUUAUUUUUAUUUGAAAUAACCCACAUUUGGGAGGCGACCGAAGAUGUUACCGCCUCCUUCUUCACUGCAAAGGUUAACAUUUAUGUCAAGUGGGGGGGGGGGCUCUUCGUUCAGAUCAAAGCAUAAUUUAAGAGUCAUCAGAGAGAUGGAGGGAGGGUGGAGGUUAGGGAGGGCUUCGGUUUUUAUAAAUUGUCGACUUCAGAGCGAGUACAGACGUGGUUUGAUAUUUGCUUUCAUGUCGCCGUUGCACAGAGAUUUACUUCAAGUGUGUUGGGUUUUCUAAGGGCAUAAAAGCACAGCCGAGAGAGAGAGAGAGGAGAAGGGUGGGUGGCGGGUGGAUGAAAUCGGGGAGGAAGAGGGGGUGAAAGCACAGGCCGAGGAUCGAGGGUCAAGGGCCGAGAAGUCUGUGCACACACGGUGGUGAAAUCAGAAAAACAGAAGACACCAUCCGAUGUCUCAGCCUGCUGAGUGACGGUGCUCAUUAAAAAAUCGACACUUCCAUGAAAUAUUAUUCCUGCCAAGUAAAUAGUCACUUUUUAAAACCUUCCAUGAUGAAUGAGUAGUUCCUUUAUGUAAUUCCAGAUAGCUUUAACUAUUUUAGGUCAGCUUUUUUUUUUUUCCUGCUUUCCCCAGCCCUUUUAUGUCUUUUCUCCUUUUAGUUUGCAUCUUUAUGCGUCGACGCUCUUAACAGCCGUGGCGUUCUCAAAGAUGGCGGGGGCCCGGGGAGGAGGUCACACACACACACCAGCAUUAUGGUUCAUCUUUUUGUACUCGCUUUAGAGGAAGGCGAGCAGGCUGGGAUUUAUUUGAAAAAAUAAAAUAAAAUAAAGGAGGAUAGAGAGGGGUGGGGGGUGGACUUUGUUGUUGCUGACAUGCUGUGCAGAGUAGGGAGAGUUCUGUGCCAGAGACCUGUGAAUAUGUUCCUUUUUAGCGGACGUGUAGUAUGCAUUCAGAAGAUGUUAUAUAAGUUCCUUUUUUUUUUGUGUGUGUGAGUGCGUGUACACGAGUACCUGGUGCUGGCUACGUUUGAGCAAACACUUGAAGGUAUUGUGUAUUCUCUCAUUGUAAUAUAAUUAAAAAAAAAUGUUUUAU